CGUCAUCUCCCACUAGUGACUGCUGUUAUUAAGAUGGCGCUGCGGCCGGGAUCUGGGGGAGGCAGCAGUUUUAUGUAUCCUGUUGGAGGGGGUCUGGGACCUCCACAAGGCAUGGUACCCAUGCAGCAACAGCAGCAGCAGCAACAGCAGGGCUUCCCUAUGGUCCCUGUCAUGCAGCCAAACAUGCAGGGCAUGAUGGGAAUGAACUUUGGGGGGCAGAUGCCCCCGGGAGCAAUGCCUAUGCAGGGUGGGAUGGCUAUUGGGAUGCAGACCCCUGGGAUGCAGUUCUUGGGUCAGCCGCAGUUUAUGGGUAUGAGACCUGCUGGACCCCAGUACACUGCUGACAUGCAGAAACAAAUGGCUGAGGAGCACCAAAAACGUCUGGAGCAGCAGCAGAAGAUGCUGGAUGAGGACAGAAAAAGAAGACAAUUUGAGGAGCAGAAACAGAAGCUGAGGCUGCUCAGCAGUGUCAAACCCAAGACAGGAGAAAAGAGCCGCGACGAUGCCCUGGAGGCAAUCAAAGGCAACCUGGAUGGCUUCAGCAGAGACGCAAAGAUGCACCCGACUCCAUCAUCACAGACCAAGAAGCCAGACUCAUCGCCAUCACUCCCGUCUGUCACCACUCACUCCCUCCCCCCAGCCUUGUCUGAGGACAAUGACGAGUUUAGUGACUUUCAGGGGCCUUUAGAAGCCCCCGCCUGCUUCCCCCCGCCCUCCUCCUCCACUUCCUCCACUUCCUCCACCUUCGGCCUCUCCUCUCAGGCCCAGCCUUCAUCCUCUGCCCCCAAGACAGGUUUCUCUGAGGACGAUGACGAUUUUAGUGACUUCGUUCAGGGUCCUGUAAAUGCUUUCCCUUCCUCCAACCUCUCCUCUCAGGCCCAAGUCCAACCUUCAUCCCCUUCCUUGAGGGCAGGUCUGUCCUCUUCUUCCCCCUCCCUUCCUCAGUCCCUCCCUCCGUCUGUGUCCAUCCCCACUGUCACCCAGCACUCUGCUGCCAACACCAGCUCCCAAUCUACAUUUCAAGGCCCGUCCCUGGAAGAGAAGCUAUUCUCCUCAUGCGAUCUUACUGCUGAUAAGACGGCCCAUGUUAGCUUUAAGUCCAUGCAGAGUUUGGCUAAAAUGGGUCCUAGAGCUAAAGUUUCAGCUCAGUUUCAAACCAGCACUAAAUCCAGGAACUGGGCUGCGGCCUCUGAGGACUUGAGUUCUGUCUUCGUCGCAGAAAAGCUACCCGAGGCCCCGGUGUCAGCACCCAGCGUCCCCCCAUCAGCUGCUGACUCGUCUCCUCAAACCAGUAGUGACAGUGCAGGUGUUGGCGUGUACCCACAACAAGAGCACAUUCAGCCCAUGCUGCCAGCCUGGGUUUACAAUGACAGCCUCGUCCCAGAAAUGUUCACGAAGGUUCUUGAAUUCACCAUGACUCCGGCAGGGAUCGACACAGCCAAACUCUACCCAAUACUAAUGUCAUCAGGUCUUCCCAGGGAAGCACUGGGGCAAAUAUGGGCGUCAGCCAACCGCACAACACCUGGCAUGCUGACCAAGGAAGAGCUCUACACUGUACUCGCACUAAUUGGUGUGGCACAGAGUGGUCUCCCAGCGAUGAAUGUGGAAAUCCUCAGUCAGUUCCCUUCUCCACCCGUGCCCAACCUGCCGGCCCUGGCUAUGGCCAUGGCCCCUGUCAUGCCCCAGCACCAGCAGUCCAUGAUGACCAAGCCCCCGGUUUCCAUGGCCAUGCCCACACCAGCACCACCAGUCAUGGCCAUAACACAUGCAGCACCGGCUCAAGCACCCACAAACACUAACUUUAUCGCCAGUUUCCCUCCUGCACAGGCAACCAAAGCCGAUGACGAUGAUUUCCAGGACUUCCAGGAGGCUCCAAAGCCAGGAGCAGGAGACCAGACAUUCACUGAGUUCCAGGGGGAGUCUGGUGGAAGUUUCCCCACCGCCAUCGCACCUCAGCACCAAAACAGUGCGCCUGCCAUGCUUACGCCAGUCUCUGGUUCCUCCUCUGCCUCCGUCACGUCAUCUGAUAAGUAUGCUGUCUUCAAGCAGCUGUCUGUGGAUCAGCCUGCAGAGCCUACAGCUCCUGCCUCAGAUAUUGGCGACAAAUACAGUGUGUUCAGACAGCUUGAGCAACCUGCUGACAAGAAACCAGUCGUUUCCGAUGGGGACAGCUCUUACAACUCCAGGGAAGGAUUUGCAGAUUUCAAGUCUGUCAGCACUGAUGAUGGCUUCACAGACUUUAAAACCGCCGACAGCGUCUCUCCACUAGACCCUUCAGAACAGGCCAAGAUCUUUCAACCAGCCUUUCCUUCCACUUUCCCAAACUCUCAGUCUCUACAACAUCUACCACAGCAGCAGCAGCAGCAGCAGCAACAGCAGCAGCAGCAACAGCCAGCAGUGUCUCUUUCUCAACCCAAAAAUCCCCUCAACAUGGCCGACCUGGACCUUUUCUCUUCUAUAGCUCCCUCUGUUCCUGCCCCCACUGAGACAAAACCCAGCACAUUCCCCUCAGUGUCCGUGCCCCCCUCUCUAGUGCUCCUACCAGGUGGAGCCAAACCUCCAGGGGGAAGUGCAGAUGAUUUUGGUGACUUUGCCCUCUUCGGCUCCUCCUCUGAUGCUGCUCAAGUUUCAGCAGCAGGAGGAGCUGUGGCAGCGCCUCAGGACGACUUUGCGGACUUCAUGGCGUUUGGCAGUUCUGGUGGGGAGCCUAAAGGCGAGAGCAGCGCGGGGGUCCAAGGAGAGACCUCCAAUCAACAACGACCUCAGCAGAGCUCAGACAAGUACGACGUAUUCAAACAGCUGUCUCUGGAGGGAGGCCUGGCCUACGAUGACACUAAAGAGAGUGGCGGUGGCUCCUUCUCUUCUCUCAAGAGUGACACCGAUGACUUUGCCGACUUUCAGUCCUCGAAAUUCUGCACAGCGCUCGGGGCUUCGGAAAAGACUCUGGUGGACAAGGUGGCCGCUUUCAAACAGGCCAAAGAGGACUCCGCCUCUGUCAAGUCCCUCGACCUCCCGUCCAUUGGGGGGAGCAGUGUAGGAAAGGACGACUCCGAGGACGCACUCUCAGUGCAGCUGGACAUGAAGCUGUCGGACAUGGGCGGAGACCUGAAACAUGUGAUGUCGGACAGCUCUCUGGAUUUGCCGGGUCUCUCGGCCCACCAGCCCCCCGCUACAGAAGGAGACGACAUGAAAUUUGACCCCUUUGGGACUUCGGACCUCAGCACCCUGACUAGCUACGACUGGUCAGACCGGGAGGAUUGUCUGCCCGGUGAGGUCAGAAAGCCACAGGGCUUGGAAGGAGCUUCCCUUCCAUCUUUAGUGCCAACACAGAGGAAGGAUUUGACCUUUGGCAGCACCGAAAACAUCACAAGCAGCUCCGUAGCAAAGAUCACUACCUCCUUCCCCACAGAGGACAGCUCAUCGACAGAGGACAAGUUUGAAGCCUUUGCUGACUUUGGCUCCACCGACCAGGGCGAUGGCACUGCUGAGGACGACUUUGGGGAUUUUGCAAGUACUGUUUCUGAAAAGUCCGACUCACCCGCCGCCACUGCUGAGGCAGGCUCCGAGGGAAACCAAAGCGAGGCCUCCGAUGAGUUUGGGGCCUUCCAGGGGGACAAGCCUAAGUUUGGCAAGUCUGACUUUAUCAAAGCCAGCGCUCAGGCCAAAGUCAAGUCCAGUGAGGAGAUGAUCAAGAACGAACUGGCAACAUUUGACUUGUCUGUUCAAGGCUCCCACAAACGCAGUCACAGUUUGGGCGACAAGGAGAUUGGGCGCUCGCCCCCGUCUCCGGCUCCAGAGCAGCCCUUCAGAGACCGAUCCAACACUCUGAGUGAGAAGCCCGCCCUGCCUGUCAUCAGGGACAAGUACAAGGACUUGACUGGGGAGGUUGAGGAGAGCGAGCGCUAUGCGUACGAGUGGCAAAGGUGUUUGGAAAAUGCUCUGGAGGUCAUCACCAAAGCUAACAACAUCCUGAACGGCAUCAGCAGCUCCUCUGUCUGCACCGAGGUCAUCCAGUCUGCACAGGGCAUGGAGUACCUGCUGGGUGUGGUGGAAGUGUAUCGCGUCACCAGGCGUGUGGAGCUGGGCAUCAAGGCGACAGCCGUGUGCUCCGAGAAGCUGCAGCAGCUGCUGAAGGACAUCAGCCGUGUGUGGAACAACCUCAUGGGCUUCAUGUCGCUGGCCAAGCUCGCUCCUGAUGAAAGCUCCCUAGAUUUCUCCUCCUGUAUUCUGAGGCACGGCAUCAAGAAUGCCAAGGAGCUGGCUUGUGGGGUGUGUCUGCUCAACGUUGACGCUCGCAGCAAGGCUUUCAACUCGGAGACGGACAACUUCAAGCUGCUGUACGGGGGCCACCAGUACCACGCCAGCUGUGCCAAUUUCUGGAUUAACUGUGUGGAGCCCAAACCCCCGGGCCUCAUACUGCCUGACCUGCUCUGAGCUUCAGCUGCCAUGGCAACGGUGCACGGGCUAAUCAACAUCAGAUAGGUGGAGCAACGUCGCACCUCACACUGCACGGGCUCUCACCUUGGACUGAGAGCGAGAGAAGGACGUUUAAAGUCACUGGAUCCCUCUGUAUUUAUUUGUUUCUUAUUCUGCUCCGUCUUGUCACAGUUUUAGUGAACUCAGCUCUCACUCAGGCAGAGUUGUUUCAAAGCUUCUCUCUAAAUAAUUACCCAACGGCAUUAUUGUUACCCUUUUGUUCUUCUACAUUAAUUAUCUAAAAAACAUAUAGGUCAGCUGUAUAAGUAAGUCAUAUUUAAAUUAGUUACUAAUGAUGCUUUUAAGAUGAUUCCUACUGAUUUUCACUGCAGAAAAAUAUCAAUAUUACUAAAUCUCUCAUCAGUGACUCAUAUUUAAAUUAUUAGGUGUGCAAUAUCAUUACAAACACUGGCAGAAGACGUCUGUAAACAUCACUUGUUGCUUUGCUUCUGUUUGAGAGGAAUUUUAUUUUUUUUUCCCACUGCACAAGAGCUGUUGAAUCAUAAGCCUAUUAUUGUACUUGAAUUACAUUACGCGUCGGUCGGGUCUGUUUGAUGAAACUCUGUGGCUGUUUUAAUAUACUUCUGAAAUCUUUAACAUUCAAACCAUUCAAACUAAGGCGGGUGUCUGCCUUUUUAUGAAUCGUGUUGGAUUAACUGCUUUGAAUGUUUUUUGCACUGUUGGGGUAUUUAAAUGGUGUAUUUUAUAGGGGAAAAAAGUUGUGAUUUGUGACUGGAAGGGAAACAUGUUUAUGGUUUUGUUUUUCUGUUUUGGUGUUUUGUGCAACUAGAGCUGGAAGAAGUUGACUGUGAUUCUGAACUAAAAUUGCAGCAGCACUUUUUGUACAGUUGCAGUGAUGCUGUAGCAUUGUAAUUAUGACUGUAAUGUGAAUGUGAUGUAAAUAAAUAUGCAUAUAGUUUAUUGUG